AUGCUUUUCAGAUACCUCUCUCUUGCUGCCCUCGCCGCUACUUCUGUAGCUGCAGGUGGAGUCGGCUCUGCCAUUGUCGAAAACCACUGCCCUUUCACCGUCUACCUCUGGUCUGUUGGUGGCUCCAUUGGCCCCAAGAAUACUCUGGGCUCGGGUGCUGUUUACAAGGAGCAGUUCCGCCGGGACCCCCAGAGUGGUGGAAUUGCAGUCAAGAUCACAACCGUCAAUGAUGGUCUUUUCAACGGGUCUCCGCAGACCAACUUCGCUUACAGCCUCACCGAUACCCAGGUAUUCUACGAUAUGUCGGAUGUCAUGGGCGACCCAUUCAGAGGCUACACGCUCCUUGCUCACCCAUCUAAGGAUGGCUGCGGAGAUAUCUACUGGGAGAAUGGUGUCCCUCCAGCUGGAAGCCAAGUCAAGAGCUGCGUGAAGUCUUCCGAUGUAACUCUUACGCUUUGCAAGUAA